ACGAUAAUCAGCUAGUUAUCUACCAUACAGUGCUGACUUGAAGAAAACCACCCUCUGAACGAUACGACAUGUCUGCUUUUACCUGGCUGUGUGUGUUUCUGGUGGUUGGGUUGCUGAACGCGCCCAUCAAAGGCCAGUAUCCGGCUGCGGUAGAAGGCGGGAAAGUACUAGAAGAUGGCAAAGAGGAGAACCGUGGCGUAGCAGAUCACCAUGUGGUUGAUGAAAUCAUCUACGCUGGAAACAUACUUCGGGAAUGUGUAACGCACAAGGACAUGGAGUGUAUCUUGAGUUUCUACGCCCCUGAUGUGAUCGUAGUACCGGAUGGCUACCCAUCAUACCAAGGAAUUGACCAAUUGUCGACAAACCUUGGAUGGGUUCAGCAUGUUACUGUGACCAAACAUGAUGCUCAGCACAUUGAACCAUUGGAAGCAAGCGGGGAUCUCGUGCUUGAAGUGCAUGCUCACGACACUGUACUACCGGAUGGAAGCCACAAGAAGGGAAAGACCGCUCUGAUUUGGAAGCGAGUUCAUGGUUGGUACCGCAUCAUCUUUGAGAUGUACAACGACGAAUACUAAGGAUACAUGUAUUUCCAGAGCGACCCUUCAAAUUAAAAAUUGAUCGGGAUUCAGAAUGUAUGCUUUAAUAAUUGACAAUUAUGUUAUGCUAUCCAAAUCCUUCGUUAGUAGUUAGCGAAUAAUCUUUUUCGUGUUUAGAAACUUAUAACCUAUGGUGCAUGCACACGUAUACGGUGGCAACCGUGCUUCCUUUUGCAACCUGUUCUGUUUACUCAGCUAUUUAUGUGAUCAUACGUCAUGGCAUUACCUUUACAUGCGUGAUAUCCAACUCCACAAAAAAAUCAUUGUUGGUUAAAUAUUAUGACGAUUCCUUAGUGUUUGCCGUUUAUCUCUUCAA